UUACGUGAAGUAUUGUUUUCAGCGAAACAAUCCAAGAUGGAGUAUCUUCCGGAAGAAGUGUUGCUUUUGAUAUUUCAAAACAUUGAACCAUUGGAGCUUAUUUCUUUGUCAAGAGUGAACCGCCGCUGGCGUAAACUUGCAAUAAUCCCUCAACUUCACAGGUGCGUCAACUUUCAUGGGAAGCAACAUCUAUCCUCCGGUUUCAUCUGCAACUACAUCAGCAAGUUCAAACACUCACUACAAGAGCUGAAUCUACAAGAAUGCUAUUGGAUUAAAGGAGCUCUUCUUUCCAGUACACUGCAAAAGUGCCGAAAAUUAACAUCUCUCAACUUACUUGGUUGUAGUGUUACCAAAAAAACACUUGGUUCUCUUUUAAAACUCAAUACUAACCUUAAAACGCUUGCAUGGUCUAUGAAUGAAAAGGAUUUACCCAUAGGCUCUCAUUUGGAGGGAUAUACCUUAGGGGUAUUCCAUGGAUUAUUGCUCUCUUUCUGCAGUGGACUUUCAGAAGCUUUUAAAGGUUUGGAUAGUCUGACAAUCCGGCUUCCAAACAUUUAUGUGACCGCCCUCAUUGUGAAUCAGGGAAUUCCGAUUAUUUGCAGUGAACUUCAUUUAAAGGCAUUUACCUUGCAGUGGAUUGAUGCAUCAGGUAGUUACAGGUCCCAUUGUCCCAAACUUUCCAUUGAAGGAAGUGAAAUCCAGUUUUGCAGAAGAGAGACAAAAAUUGAUUUUGCAGGUCUCAGUGUUAUUGGAGAAGCAAGGAAGUCAAUCAAUCAUGGGUUGGAAAGUGAAACUCUCCAUACAUUUAUUGUACCCUCCAGUUUUCAAUUUCUUGACAGAAACCGUGACAUUUGUGAAAAAUUUAUGAAAACUGUGGGAAACAGAUCAUCUAUUGUCAACUUGAAGUUGGGGGCCUUGGCUUUAAACAAAUAUGAUGUAGAUUGUCUUAUGGCAAUUCUUAGUAUGCAGUGGCAGGCACUGGUGUAUUUGAAUCUUUCUGGUUUUGUCAUUUCUGGCCAUUUUCUUCAAGUCAUUGCAACUUCUUCACCAAACUUGGAGAUUCUCAACUUACAAAAUUGCUCAGAUUGCUUCACACAAAUUCAAGGACUGGAAUCACUGGCUUUAUUGUGCCCAAAAAUGGCUGAGUUGAACCUCAAUGGAGUACAUUAUGAUCAAACAUUCCAGGAAGAAUCAAACAGUUGCAUCAAAGUCAUCUCAAAAUUCACCCAUCUGGUUUCUCUCAGCCUCUGCACAUGUGUGACACAUCAAGUCUCAAGUGAUGACACAGAAGGUGCAAAGACUAGUUCUAAAGAAAGUAUACUCAAGGCAAACAGAAGAGUAUGUCAUGGACAGAAUCUUAAAAACUCUCAGUCAAGCACUGACCCAGCCACCAAAUUGCAGAACCAUUUUGUUUUUCUUACCCAAGAAUGCACUGGAAUGACAGACUUUGAACUUUGGUUUCCCUCACGUCAUGACAGAGAGCUUAGCUACCGUCCACCCUUGUACCAACCAACAUGUGAUGCAAGAAGGGGUACAUUUGAUGGUCUCCUGCCAAUUGCCAACUGGAAACACCUGCAAAGGCUUACUCUUUCAGUGCCAUAUACAAAAGGAAGUUUGAAAUUCUUAGUUGCCAUCGCACAGAACUGCAGCAAUCUUCAAUUUCUAUCCCUUGCAAACCUUGAGAAUCUCAGCCAUUCAGGGAAUGUAGCACUUCUGCAACAGGCACUUUCUUGUUGUCAUCAACUUCGAGAUUUCAGAUUUCAACAGAAAGCAUUUAGGAUCAAUGAGUCAUUCUUACUGUCACUUGGAGAAUUAAAACAUCUUCAACGAGUGUGCAUUAUUGCUAAAGGAGGCCCUUUGACAGUAGCUCCUAAAACAGUCAUCUUAUUGUUUGAAAAGUGCCAGAAACUGUAUUAUUUUCAUUUAUUCUGUGAUAUGACAAGAAAAGCCAGUAAAAUCAUUAUGGAUUCUGUAAAGAAAAGAUUUUCAGAUACACGCCCGGCGCUGAUCGUGGGUUUAGUUCCUUUUUACCCGACAGACCUGCACUUCAAGCUGUUAAAUGAGAGCACUUCUAUUCCCUUUUUGCAUAUCAGUGAAAUGUUACUCGCCGAAUCGUCAGUUGCAAGCAGUUUUAAAAAGAGACAAACAUGAAAUUAUUGAACAAAAUUCUCUUGUUUAGAUUAUUAGUCGCUGAUCUUGAAAGCUGAGAGAACAGCUAUGAUGAAAUAAGAGCGUUUCGGCGAGUUGUAUAAUCAAGGAAAUAGCAAUCUCCUUGUUGAGUUAUAGCACUGUGGAAAAAUAAAGGAUCAUAAAGAGAUGAUCAAGGUCGGUUUUUCUUAA